UCAAAAAUUCUUGUUUUUGUUUUGUUUUAUUUUCUCAUUAAUUUGAAUAUAUAAUGCCUUUUUUUCUCCAUGGAAUUUGCUUAUUUACAUUAAAUUUGGAGAUCUGAUUUAUUGAUUCUUAUACCAUUGAUUCUUAUUUACAUUAAAUUUGAAUCCAAAAUGCAAAACAAUGUUCUUAUUUCUUCUUAAUUCACAUCGCUUGUAGAUUCAUUGUGGCAAGAGAAGAUCAAUGGAAAAAGACACUUCAUAUUAUGAUAUAUUGGGUGUCAGUGUUGAUGCAUCUAUACCUGAAAUCAAGAAGGCUUUUUACCUCAACGCAAGGCGAGUUCACCCCGAUAAAAAUCUAGAUGAUCCGAAAGCUGCUGACAAAUUUCACGCACUUGGUGAGGCUUAUCAGGUUCUAACUGAUCCCGAAAAGCGUGAAGCAUAUGACAAGAGAGGGAAGACUGGAGUGAUACCGGACACCAUGUUGGAUCCUACGGCUGUGUUUGGGAUGCUUUUUGGAAGUGAUUUCUUUGAAGAUUAUGUUGGCCAGCUAGCAAUGGCUACUUUAUCAGCCAUUGAAGUUGAAAGUGAUUCCUUGUUAGAUGAGGAAGCUCAUAGGAAGAAACUCGAGGAAAAUAUGCAGGCAUUUCAGAAACAAAGGGAAGACAAACUCAUUGAAAUACUGAAAAAUCGCUUGCAGCCAUUUGUUGAAGGUCAAACCAAUGAAUUCAUUCAAUGGGCGAAUUCAGAAGCACGAGAUCUUUCAAAAGCUGCUUUUGGUGAGGCUAUGUUACAUACCAUUGGAUACAUUUACACGAGGAAAGCCGCCAGGGAACUUGGUAAAGACGGGUCUUGUAUGCAAGUACCAUUUUUAGCAGAAUGGGUGCGAGAUAAAGGGCACCGUAUAAAAUCACAAGUAAAGGCUGCUAAAGAGUAUACGCAUCUUCUUGUAGGUGCUGUUAGUUUAAUUCAAAUACAAGACGAGCUGAGGAGACUGAACCAAGGAGCAGACAGAGAAGAGAACAUACUGAAAGCCCUUGAAGAAAAGAAGGAUGCCAUGCUUCAAUCCCUUUGGCAGAUCAACGUGGUCGACAUCGAGUCAACUUUAUCUAAUGUCUGUUUAGAAGUACUUAGAGACGCUAGUGUUUCGGAAGAAGUUCUAGUCUUGCGAGCGAAAGGAAUGAAGAAACUCGGAGCCAUUUUUCAAGGAGCAAAAUCUGCUUAUAGUAGAGAAAACAGUCUGCGCCGUGUAAAUGUCGAAACGGAAACUGCCGGUUCUUAGCCAUCUCAGUACUCUGAUUGAUGUCCGCGUCGGGUUAGUCAAUGUUUUCUUUUCUGUGUCGGACUUUUGGACUCAGUUCAGUAGCAUAAUUGAAGGAAAGGGGAUAAGCUUGAAGAAUGUGAAAAAGGAAUGGUGGUGGAGAAGCAAUUUCGGAGAUUCUAUUGUUUAGUGUCAAAGUAUAUAUAAUUUUUUCAUUUAAUUAUAUUUAUUUCACAAUUUUUCAUGACAAUUUUAUUUAAAUUUAUUAAUUUAUCUAAAA